CAUUCGUUGUAAGUCGCUGUUUUUGCAAAUAAUAGGAGUAAUUGGCUUCUCGAAUACGCGGGAGAAUAUUGUGUUUCCAACGAGGCUCACCCGACUAUUCCGUGUGUAAUCCGUGUAACGCCGUGGCAUGCAAUAUCUGGUCUGUAAACACAAGUAAUGCGGCAGAAGCGCCAUGUAGCACUAAACACUUGAAUGUAUACUGUCAUGGGGGCUUGGUCAAUGCCAAUUUCAAUUUCAAAGUAAGCAGUAGGUAUCAUAUAUGAUUUAUAUCUGUCCCCCUCGCUAUGUAUAUUAAGGACUGUUCCUAAAAUUCUUCAGUUUUUAUAUAACACUGGGUCACUAAAGGGUGCGUAUGGCAUAGGUUCCGUCACCAGUUGACGGCUCUGCAACGAUGAAUUUACAAUCGUUAGGGCGCCAGACAUGGGCCUUGACGAGGAAGAACCUCCUCAUCACUGUUCUUCGAAAGUGGCGCUCGACCUUCUUCCGAUCUCUCCUGUUCCCCAUAGUUGUCUUAGUUCUUAUGCUCGAAGUUCAGAACUUCACCAAAGAUAAUAACGGAUAUGGAAUUCCAAAUCCUCGUUCCGUCAGAAGCCUUGCCGACAGCAUGGCGGGUAGCUCGAAACCUCUCAUCUUAGUUCAAGAGCCUGGCCUUGGACCGGACUUUCAGCCCGUCCUUGAGAAGAUUACGGAUCCCCUAGACUCGAAUAGGCUUGUCCAUCUAAACAAUUCUAACAAAAUCGAUGCCACUUGCCCAGUGGAUUAUCACGGAAACUCACCGUGCCACGCAGUAGUUAUUUUCAAGGACACGCCUCUCAGUGGACGCGUCAACGCAACAUGGAACUAUACUAUCAGAGCAGACCCUAGCCUUGACCAAGGGACUUUCAACGUCUUCGACAUGAACAGCGCUAUCGACAAGAUCUACCUACCUCUUCAAUUGGCUAUCGAGAACGCAAUGCUCAACCUAACCGAUACCCCGGACUUCAUGCCCUACACAUCUUUUACACAAGAGGAGAUGGACGAAAAUUCAAGAAAGAGCUUCAUCACCAUAGCAUUGUAUAUUCUGUCCUUUGUCUUCUACAUCACCUUCAUCCCCGUUGGCCAUCACGUCGCGGGCAUGAUAGCGUUUGAGAGGGAAACCGGAAUGUCAGACCUAAUCGACGCAAUGGGCGGAGGCGUUGCCUGGCCGAGAGUACUGAGUUAUGUUCUCACAUUCGACAUCAUAUACUUGCCUCUUUGGAUAAUCUUGGGAGCCUUAUACUGGGCUCUCCUUGUCCCUAACCAAAGUCCGGCCGUUACGAUCUUCUGGCAGAUAUUCACAGGAUGGUCAAUAACAAGUUCGUCUGUGUUUGGGGCAGCAUUCUUCAAAGGAUCUGCUUUUGCUAGUCUUUGGGUUUCAUUAAUCCCUUGGUUGUUGGCUAUCUUGUCAGGUUUCUCGGAAAACCAAUCAAGCCCUGCUCCUCUUGGCCAGGUCGUUGUGCUGUCUUUAUUAUUCCCUAGCAUGAACUACAUCUACUUCUUCAACUUUAUUGGCAAAGCUGAACUUGUUGGAACCCGCCUCGACCUGGGGCAGCCACUACCAGAUACUGGGUCAGCGACUGGCCAGAAUGAUGGGACCAAUUGGGUCAGUCUCACUGGUCCUUACUUCCUAUGGAUCAUCUUGAUUGUCCAGAUUUUUGGCUACGCGUUGCUAGCCGUCCUGGUUGAGACGUACUUACACGGGAACAACCAACGUCGCCGAACCUUCCAUAACACCCCAGAAGCAGCCAAUUCCCAUGUUGCCAUCGAGACUGUCAAUUUGGAGAAACAGUAUCGGCCAUCAUGGUUCAAGAAGUUAUUCUGCUGUGCUCGCGCUCCGGAAACAAAGGCUGUAGAUGGGUUGAAUCUUGUCAGUCAGAGACGCCAGAUCCUUUGCCUAUUAGGUCCCAACGGUUCUGGAAAGACAACAACUCUUGACAUGCUGGCCGGAUUCCAAACACCUACUGGGGGGCAGGUAAACAUCAACGCUUCACCGUCGCAGUUGGGUAUUUGUCCGCAACGUAAUGUGUUGUGGGACAACUUGACCGUCUAUGAGCACCUUGUCAUUUGGAAUACUCUGAAGGGCAAUACUGAGGACCCAGCGGCCCUCGAACAACUAAUUGAAAAAUGUGAUCUCGUGCUCAAGAAAAAUAGCUUUGCGGGGAACCUAAGCGGCGGUAUGAAAAGGAAACUCCAAUUAGCUUGCAUGCUUGUCGGUGGUUCCUCCGUUUGUCUUAUGGACGAAGUCACCUCUGGUCUUGACCCCUUAUCUCGUCGCGUCAUCUGGAAUGUAGUUCUUAGCGAGAGAUCCCAGAGGACCAUGGUGUUAACUACGCACUUCCUUGAUGAAUGCGAGGUCUUAUCUGACCAUAUUGUCAUCAUCACACUAGGGAAGAUCAAGUGCCAAGGAACACCGACCGAAUUGAAGAACCAAUACGGCGGCGGUUACCGUGUUCAUAUCCCAAGGACCGAAGAUGUAUCGAACGUGCCGUAUCCAGUGAUAGAACAGCAUGAUCGGUACAUUUGCAGGACGCCAGACUCAACGUCGGCCGCGAAACUCCUAGCCUCGUUGAAGAACUCUAGCGAUGCGCAGUUAUAUAUCACCGGACCAACCAUAGAGGACGUGUUCCUCAAGGUCUCCGAGGAGCCGCACGCGCUCAUCGGCGAGACGCCAGAGGAGAUUUCACUCACAGACUCCCAGCCAAGCCGAGCCAAGAGCCCGCACGUCGAGCCGCCUCUAUGGGUGACUUACUCGCAGCAAUUCUGGGCUCUCUUCAUAAAAAGAAUCCAAGUCCUGCGCUCGAACUGGUGGGCGUACCUCUUCGCCCUCGCCAUCCCCAUCAUCGCGACCUACGCCAUCGGGUCGUUCCUCGAGGACUACGAAAUUCCGGACUGCAACAAUCUGAUCUCGUUCGCGCCCUACGACAGCCGCAUGGACUUCGAGUAUAUGACUUCGCUGGCGCUGGGCCCCCCGUCCGUCAACAGCACCGUCGAACAGGUGAUCAAUUCCACGGUCGAUGAUCCCUCCUGGGGCUGGGGCAACGGGCCCUUCGUGCUCGAUACUAGGGAUUCCGUUGAAAACUUCGUCCGCACUCAUGCCGUGAACAUCUCGUACGGCGGCGCCGCGUGGAUGGCCAAUGACUCGAAGCCUCUCGUCGCGUACUUUGCGUCGUCCGGCUCGUCGGGCGCUACUGGCCUUUUGAACCUCGUCAACCAAGUUCGCAGCGGGAAGACCAUAGCGGGAUACCUGUCUACUCUUCGUUCCUACCACCAGGCCGAGGGCGGGCAGAGCAUGUUCUACGUCACGAUCUUCUGUCUGCUGCAGGCGCUCUACCCGGCUUUCUUCUCCCUGUAUCCGACAUACGAGCGCAGAUCGCAAGUACGACGACUGCAAUAUUCGAACGGUGUCCGACCGUUCCCUCUGCUGUUUUCGUACUGGAUGUUCGAUUUCGUGUUUGUCGUGAUUAUCGCCUCCGUCUGUACGGCUCUGAUUGCUCCUAUCGCGCCGUGGUUCGGCCUGGGACACGUCUGGUUCAUACAAGUGCUUUACGGACUUGCGGCUAUUCUCUUCGCAUACUUGGUGACUAUGAUAUCCCGCUCGCAACCGGCUGCAUUUGCUUAUUCGAUUUUAUUCAUGGCUAUCAUGUACGUGAUAUCUGUUAUUGCACUGUUGGUCAUCCAAAUGACAGAUGGCUCCAACCAGAUGGCCAACGACGGAACCGCCUACGGACUCGGUAUCAUCUUCCCUAUCCAGAACCUUAUGCGAGGCUUGGCCGUGAGUCUGAACAUGUAUAUCGUCCGUUGCCGAGGCCAGGACAUGAUUACAGACCCAAGCUCAUUCUACGCCUUCGGCGGGCCCAUCACGCUUCUCAUCCUCCAAAACAUCGGUCUCUUCACCUUGCUCCUAUGGCUUGAAGGCGGUAGCUUCGCGUGGAUCUCGAAGCCUAAGGCCCUUCCGCCCGCCGUCGACGAUACAAAGAGCGCUUCUUCAUCAGAACGACCGGAUGUCGACGCCGAGACAGCUCGCGUGGCAUCGUCGGAGAUGGAUCUCCUCCGCGUUCUUCAUGUGUCCAAGAAAUUUGGCAAUAACGUUGCCGUUGACGACGUGUCGCUCGGCCUCCAGGAGGGCGAGAUCCUCGCUCUAUUAGGUCCCAACGGAGCUGGAAAGACUACCAUGAUCAACAUGAUCCGCGGCGACCUAACACCUAGCAGUGGUCGAAUCUACCUCGAGGGUGUCGACGUACUCAAGAACAAGCGAUUAGCCCAGAAGCACCUUGGUGUCUGCCCACAAUUCGACGCCCUAGACCUGCUCACAGUGCGCGAGCACCUAACCUUCUACGCGCGGUGCAAAGGCGUCGAGGACAUCCGCGCGGCGGUAUCGUACGUGAUGUCGCGGGUGGGCAUCAGCGCGCACGCCAGCAAGCCGGCGGCGAAGCUGUCGGGCGGGAACAAGCGCAAGCUCAGCCUGGCGAUCGCGCUGCUCGGGGACCCGCCGGUGCUCCUGCUCGACGAGCCCAGCUCCGCCAUGGACGCGGCCUCGAAGCGCGUGCUCUGGCGCACCCUGGCCGCCGCCGUGGCCCCCGGCCGCUCCGUCCUCCUCACCACCCACUCGAUGGAGGAGGCCGACGCCCUGGCCACCCGCGCCGCCAUCGUCGCCCGCCGGGUCCUCGCCGUCGGCACCACCGAGGCCCUGCGCAAGGCCCACAGCAACGAGUACCACGUGCACCUGAUCCUGCGCAGCGCCCCCCUCUCGACCGCGGAAGAGAUGCGCAAUGUCAAGACGUGGGCGCGGCGGACGUUCGGCGACGCGGUGCGCUUCGAAGGGGAGAGUCUCGGGGGGCAAGUGCGGUUCGUGGUCCCCGCCGAUAGCAGAGUGCCGGAGUCGGGACAGCAGGGACACGCCGCAGGGGCGGCGACGGCGCGCACGGGCAGUUUCACGAGAUACCUGAUUGAGACGCUGGAGGCGCGGAAGGAAGGGCUAGGGAUCGAUUGUUAUUCGAUUUCCGCGGCGACGAUGGAGUCGGUGUUCAUGAAGGUGGUGAAGGAGAGCGAUGCGGCGGAAGACGAGGGGCGGCAGCAGAAGCCGUGGUGGCGGUGGUAGUAGUAAGGUGAGGGUUAAGGGGGGGCAGGCAGUACAACAGAUAAUUGGCGACGGUUGGAAACUUUAAUGACGUGAGAUAUGGGAUACACCUAAGUGCAUAUAACUAUUUUACUAUGUUAAUACCCAGUUCGUAAUGCAAGACAUGACGUUCAAGUA